GGAACACAUGGGGCUGUCUGACGUAGCUCCCCUAACCCUGACCUUGAGGAGGACAAUAAAAGGGACACUGUCGCACACCGGUCAAACUUUUACAGUGCGCUCAAAGGUACAAUACAAGUGCUGAUCCCGGGUGAGAAAGAGGCUUACAUUGAGGUGAAGGUUAAACAACUGGAUGGUGACAAAAGCCACUGUGGAGACCAAAGAUGAGGAUGACAAACAGCAGAUGAACCCUCUGAAGUAUAGACAUGAUUUAGGACAUGGUCACACUGACCACCCUCAAUGAAGCCUCUGUGCUCUUCAACCUCACCAGGCGCUACAGUACGUGGAUGAUCUAUGUGAGUCACAGUUCUGUACAUAAUGCCAUAGAGGAGCUCUAAGGAGGAUAAACAGGUUGUUCUGAACCAGAGAGACUCUCCCUCUAUGUGGGCGACAUUUUGUUUCACAACCAAGCGCUCUCUCUCUCAACAAAGGCAAGAGGCGCACAAUCGUUGACAACGCCUACAUUGACAUGCUGUGCAGUAAGUCUACAACAAUGUCAUGUUGGAAUGAUUUAAUCCUCAUUUAGAUUAAAUAUGUUCACAGUGCUUACACAACGUUUAAAAAUAGUACGUAUGUAAUAAGUAAGUAAAUGCCUAAAAAUAUAAAUACAUUUGUGUAACUCUGGGCCAUAUGUUUUCUCAUGAGAAUCAUACAUCAUGAGAAUCAAUCCAUGCUUUUGGAUUUUAGAGUUUCAUCUGUUCAGAGUUCUCCAAGUUUCUAAGCUUUUGACAGUGCUUCUUGUUGAUCUUCCAUACAUGUUAUUGAUGUCCACCAAUCCCCUCCACUACCACUUUUGCUCCCAGGGUGUGACAACAGUGGAGAACGUAAUUGACGAGGAGGAACUGUUGGCCACAGAUGACUGCCUUUUUCUACUAAUGAUCUUUGCUCCACUCUGUUUACUAUGUUUACUCUCCUUACUCUCUGACCUCUGACCUCUCUCUCUGCCUGACCCCUCCUCCGUAUGCAAUGGACAGUCUGGGCUUCACUCCUGAGGAGAAGUACAGUUGCUAUAAAAUAGUGGGGUCCAUCAUGCACUUUGGCAACACGAAGUUCAAGAAGGUUCGGAGAGAGGACGGUGUCACAGCUUCACAAGAGAAGAGGAAGAGAGGGGCCUCCUUCCAGACCGUGUCACAGCUUCACAAGAGAAGAGGAAGAGAGGGGCCUCCUUCCAGACCGUGUCACAGCUUCACAAGAGAAGAGGAAGAAAGGGGCCUCCUUCCAGACCGUGUCACAGCUUCACAGGGUCCUGAACCCCAUGGCCAUCCCUGAGGAAUCCUUUGUGGACAGCAGGAAGGCUGUGGAGAAGCUGCUGAGAUCACUGGACACAUUGACCACACCCAGUACAAGUUUGGAAUGAAUCACCAAGAGACAAAUCCAGUAAAACUUCUUGGCGUUUACAAUGGUGAAGAACUGGCCCUGCUUUUCUUCAAGCUCAGGCCUCUCCUGAGGAGCACCACGGCAGAGAAGCUGGCCCUGCUUUUCUUCAAGCUCAGGCCUCUCCUGAGGAGCACCACGGCAGAGAAGCUGGCCCUGCUUUUCUUCAAGCUCAGGCCUCUCCUGAUGAGCACCACGGCAGAGGAGCUGGCCCUGCUUUUCUUCAAGCUCAGGCCUCUCCUGAGGAGCACCACGGCAGAGAAGCUGGCCCUGCUUUUCUUCAAGCUCAGGCCUCUCCUGAGGAGCACCACGGCAGAGGAGCUGGCCCUGCUUUUCUUCAAGCUCAGGCCUCUCCUGAGGAGCACCACGGCAGAGGAGCUGGCCCUGCUUUUCUUCAAGCUCAGGCCUCUCCUUAGGAGCACCACGGCAGAGAAGCUGGCCCUGCUUUUCUUCAAGCUCAGGCCUCUCCUGAGGAGCACCACGGCAGAGGAGCUGGCCCUGCUUUUCUUCAAGCUCAGGCCUCUCCUGAGGAGCACCACGGCAGAGGAGCUGGCCCUGCUUUUCUUCAAGCUCAGGCCUCUCCUGAGGAGCACCACGGCAGAGAAGCUGGCCCUGCUUUUCUUCAAGCUCAGGCCUCUCCUGAGGAGCACCACGGCAGAGGAGCUGGCCCUGCUUUUCUCCAAGCUCAGGCCUCUCCUGAGGAGCACCACGGCAGAGGAGCUGGCCCUGCUUUUCUUCAAGCUCAGGCCUCUCCUGAGGAGCACCACAGCAGGGAAGGAGCUGGCCACACUCAAGGAGGAGUUUGCCAAGUUGAAGGACGUGGUUGACAAGUCUGAGGCAAACCACAAGGGGCUGCAUGAGAGACAGGUGGCCCUGAUCCAGGAGAAGAAUGACCUGGCACUACAGCUGCAGGCAGAGCAGGACAACCUGAUGGAUGCAGGUUGUGACCUGCUGAUCAAGGCCAAGGUCAUAGAGCUGAAGGAAAGACUUGAGGAUGAGGAGAUGAACGCCAGCCUGAACACCAGCCUGAACGCCAAGAACCACAAGCUGGAGGACGUGUGUGCAGAGCUGAAGAAAGACAGAUCUGGAGAUCAUCAUGGCCAAGGUGGAGAAGGAGAGACAUGCCACAGAGAACAAGGUGUAGAACCGGAUGGAGGAGAUAGGUGUUCUGGGCGAGUCCAUGCUGAGCCUGACCAAGGAGAAGACGGCCCUGCAGGAGGCCCACCGGCAGCCCGAGUCCAUCUUGUGUCUGACCAAAGAGAAGGCGGCCCUGCAGGAGGCCUACCAGCAGGCCCUGACUAACCUGCUGGUCGGGGAGGAUAAGGUCAAUAUGCUGAGCAAGGCCAAGGUCAAGCUGGAGCAGCAAGUGGACAAUAGACGGCUUCCCAGGGACUAAACUUCCAGAAAGUCUCUUCCCAGAUCCAUGUAGGCCUCGUCGAUGUAGCUGGCUAUGGCACAUAGUGAAGUCCGGUCUGAGUCCAACAGAACCGACACGGUCUCCUUCCAAUAGGUG